AUGCCGCUGCGACCGAUGCGGACCACUCGCCAAACGGACUACAAGCCUCAACAUUCAUCACCACUCGCGCAGUUCGUCUGGCACAUCGAUGAUCGGCCCUCACCGUCGCCGCCGCCCUCUGCAAACUAUGGGCUUGGUCUCACUUUCCGCUCGCCACGGUACCUGCCACCCUUGCGACCUAGGUUCAAAAUCAAGAUUCCAAAGCACAAACGACCGGAACUGGAGAGGAAAGAUGCGAGUCUGGAUCCUGCGCUGUUUGAAGAUGAGGCCAGGGCGGUUGAUGAAGUGACGGAUAGUGGGUACUCGCUCCCUGAAGAGCCGGCGGAAGGUGCGACCGAGACCAAGGAAGGAGCUGAUGACUUCAGCACGUGCUGGUCGAGUGAAGUGGGAGAGCGUCCGGGCGAGGUAUCGUACUAUGAGCAAGUGCAGCAGAGUAUUGAGCCUGGAGAAGCACGUCUGAAACGACAACAAAGUCGCGAAGGAGAGGAAACCAGGCCAGAGGAGCUGGACACAGCAAACAGCAAUUGUAGGGACUUUGCUUAUGCUCCGCCUCCUUUCAGCAACUCAUACCCAAUCUCCAGGUUGGUGGUGAGUGACCAAACCACUGACGUGCCUCAUGCCGGCGCUGAACAAGCUUCCACAGGUGGCCAGACAGCGCUUCCAGAGAACAGUGCGAGCCAGAUUGAAAGUCCUCAAAGCGGCAUUGCUGGAUCCUUUCUAUUGGCGCAUGAAGCACGAGCUUCGACGUCUUCUCCUCAGGAUGCUAUACCGACAACAGGCGCGGUUCCGAUUGAUCAGGGCCAACUUGUGGUGGACGACCAGUCUUGGUCGAGCGACCUGGGCCACACGAGCGACAAAGCAGGCCCAGCGCCUCAGAGAGUCAUCCUGCGAGCCUACGGUCCGCGAAGCAGAUCCCGGGUACGAGAAAGAGCCUUGACAGAAGAGAAGGCCGACGAAGAAGGACAGAGUGGUCUCGGGAACGACGAAGGCACACGGUCUGCUUCGAAAGUCGACACCAACGCUGAGUAUCAAGACUACGCUGAUGUUUCAGGAGAGGCCAGCUCCGUACACCUUAGCAACAGUGGACUUAUGGAGAUGGCGGCGGCAGCUUUGAGGGGCGAUGAGGCUACAAGAGCCAUCUGA